CGCGUGCUUGUGAUCUGUAAAGAAAAACUGGAUUGACAAGUAAUAGAAUUUCGAAUUUGCAUAGUUUUUGUGCCACGUAAGACCAUGUGGAUAUUUGCUAUUACGAUAAUCUGUAAUUUAAUCCAGUAUAUAGAUAAUAAUCGCCUUACAUCACCGACUGUAUUAUUACCAUGCAAUAUUGAUGUACCUACUAAUUACACACUUAGCAUCUCUGAAGGAUGCUACAAAUGGACUUCAGUAUCGAAUGAUGCAGUUGAUAUCAUUUUUGAAGAUAGUUGUCGUUCUAGUGUUGUAGUUUCUGCUAAAUCUAAGAUCUGCCAACGACAACUUAUUUCCGUUUUUGCAGAAAAUGUUGAUACACAAAAUAUCUUUUAUUGUGAUGUGAUAAUAGACAAUGUUGACCACAUUGAAAUAAAAUCUGUUACUUCUGAAUUAAUAGCUGAAGGUUUGCCUACAGUCUUUGAAGUUAUUGGGAAAAGUGUAAAUGGUGAUACAUUUUCUAGUUUAUCUGGAAUUGAAUUUGAAUGGACAUUCUCAGGACCAAAUAACUCCAGUUUACAAUUUUUAAAUUUUGUUGAUUCUUCAUAUAACUAUGGAUUAUCAUCAUUUUACUGGGAGAAAUUAAAUUCUAGAGGAUCAUUAGUUUUAACUCGGGGAAGAGAAAUAGGAAUAGGAAAGAUUUUUGUUCGACCAAAAAAUCCAAUUUAUGCUGAUAUAAAAACUGAAGAAAGAGAAAUUGUAAUAAAAAGUAAUAUUAGAUUCAAAAAGGAAAUUUUAUAUCUUCUCCCUGGAAGUAAAUGUAAACUUGUGGCUGAAAUUGUAAGAGAAGGAAAACAUUUUGAUGUAACAGCUUUGCCAGAUGAUUAUGUUUUAAAAGUGAGAAAUUCAAGUGUAAUAGAAGUUACAAAUAAAUUUGAUGUCACAGCAAAACUUAAUGGAAAAUCUGUAGUUCGUUUUGCAAGAAAAAAUGUCAAAGAGAGUAAAAGAUUAUAUUCGGCUCUUUCAAUUUAUGUUGUUGAACCAAGCUAUAUGAGUAAGUAUAUUUAUUAUUAUUUAAAAUUUACUAUUAAAGCUUUUUAUUAAAUUUAAUUCUUCUAUUCAUAUAGCUUUAUAUAAGAGAUGUAAUAAAUCAUGACAAAUUAUAUACAGCAUGGUUUCAUAUAUCAGAUUCAAAAAUAAUGGAUCCAAACAGAUACUGUCAAUAAUAAUUGUGGAUGGAAUAAUAAUCUUUUAAUUAGUGUAAUUCAUUAACUUAGUUUUCGGUUAAGUAAAAUUAAAUUAAAUCCUAAUAUUAUACAAUAAAACAUAUCUAAAGCAGACACUGUACAAAACAGAAACCUGCCUAAAUAGAAAACAAAUCUCAGAACAGAAUUAUUUGUUUGGUGAAAUACUAUAAUAAGUCAGAAAAAUAUCUAACAUGAAAACAAGCUUUUUGGAAGCCAAUUGAAUAACAUAAUCUGAGUAAAGUGGAAUUUUAUGGCAUAACUCCAGCAAAAUUCUAAAUCAUAAUUAAUGAUGUACUUUUCAGGCUUGGAUCAUGAUUAUAAUUCUCAUCAUCAAGAAUUCAGUCUAUCAUUUUCUUUGUUAAGAUACUAUUAUUAUUUCUGGGAAAUAGCUAUGACAAUACAAUAGUGCUGUUUCUUUCCAAUUCUCUAUAAGAGUUAAUAAAAACACAAUCCUCUAUAAAACAUAAAAUCUGCCAAAAUGGAGAAUUCUGGAGAGGAAAAACAGGUCAUUUGUCCUGAAAAAAU